CAACUACUUUACCCACGAACGAGGUACCUACAUGGGAAUUUACGCCUUCACACUAGCCAGUAGCAACUACUUCACACCAGUCAUCUGCGGUUUGAUUGCAGAGUAUCACGGUUGGCAGUGGGUUUUCUAUUGGCCAGCGUUAUUCCUUGCGUUUGUCUUCAUACUGCUGCUCUUUCUCAUGGAGGAAACCAACUACACCCGCACGUGCCCGUCCCACAAACCGGCAUCCACGACGUCCCCUUCCGCAGCCUCGGGAGCCGGGUCAAGUGUAUAGGAGAAGAGUCUGUCAGCAGCUGCGACAUCGCCAGCUGUAUCAGAACCCGGGGAAACAUACCCGGCGAUCAAGACUUACAUGCAAAAGCUGUCCAUUUGGCAGCCGUCUCCAGGCCAGGGAAUGCUUAGCCGUGCGUUACGGUCCGUCAGAUUUCUGUCGUGGCCCAUUAUCUUCUAUGCUGGGUUUUCCUACGGGACAUACCUGAUCUCGUUCAACGUCUUGAACGCCACGGCAUCAAUGAUCCUUUCCGGUGAGCCAUAUAACUUUCCCCCUUCCCUGGUCGGGAUCAGCUAUUUCUCCUGCUGCGUUGGGGUCAUCGUGGGCGCGAUCCUUUCUGGGCUCUUGAGUGACUGGUUAACAAUCAAGCUUGCUUGCUUGAACAACGGCGUCAUGGAAGCGGAGCACAGAUUGUGGCCCUUCACCAUAUGCAUGAUACUGAUGCCCGGCGGGCUUGUUCUUUGGGGUGUCGGAGCGGCCCAUGGGAUUCAUUGGUUUGGUCUGAUCGUGGCGAUGGGCUGCCUCGCCAUGGCGAUUACAAUAGGUCUCACGAUCUCUGUCAAUUACCUCAUCGACAGCUAUCCCGAGAUCAGCGGUGACACGAUCGUUACGGUCAUUAUUAUCCGCAACACCAUAUCGUUCGCGAUCAGCUAUGGAAUCACACCAUGGCUAUACCAGCUUGGCUACCAGACUUACUUCAUUUCUGCGGCAUUUAUCGGCCUGCCUGUCACGUCUAUUUAUCUGGUCGUCAUCCAUUUUGGCAAAAGACUUCGGGCACAAAGCGCAACCAAGUAUUUCGAGCUUAUGCGAUAGUGUUGCAGUUCGGCGGCUCGGUAAGGUUUGAUGUCUUGUCUUCGCCCUUGACGGGCUUCGCCACGGCGAUCAAGUAGUCAACUCGCAGGGGCAAGAAAAAGCAAGUCAGGCUCCUCAAGGCGGAGGACGUACUCAGUCACGGCGAAGAAGGACCAAGACAGGCCCGAGGCACACACGGAGAGAGACACCGGGACGGAGUUGAUGUUUUGAAGUAAGCACGGAAGGUGCGGCUGGUAAGUGCACUGUUGUCAUGGCGUUCGUUGCCUUUUAAACACGGCUACAGCUAACGUUAUCUCUUAUCCCACGUUGAAUCGAGGGACCAAUAAGAUGCGGGGCCCCGAUAAGGCUCGCACAUGCAGAUAAGCAGGUCCUACGUCAGGCGCCAUGCACCACCGCC